AUGCCUACGCAACAAGAACAUCAAUAUGCAAAUAGUUCAACACAUGAAGUUUCAAAUAUUUAUCAAACACAAGGGGAAGGUGUUAAUGUAAAUGUUCCGACUGAAUAUCAACAUAGUCAAUCAAGUUCUCACGUUGAAUUACAACAAGGUGGCGAAGGUAGUUUUCAUGGAUCAUAUUCAAAUUUAGCUGCACAACGUGGUGGACAACAACAAUAUGCAACAAGUUCAACACAUGAAGUAACAGGCGGUGGUGAUAGUAGUUUUCAUGGAUCAUAUUCGAAUUUAUCUGGAAUAAAUAAUGCAACAGCUGCUAAUGUUGCUCAUCGUAAUCAAGAAGUUCUUCGACAAACAUUCCAACAAUCAGCUGAAGCAGCAGGUAUACCAGCCAAUUGUCCAACACAAAUAGAAGUACUUGAUACAGCUGUUAAUCCUUUCUGGCAAAAAACUGAUCAACCAACAUUAAUGCGUCGUUAUGGUCGUCCAGCUUUUGAAAUUGUUCAUAAGAGUGAAGAAGUUGAACAACAAAUGUAUAGUGAACUUCGUCAACGAGAGAGCAGUGGUAGUGUUUUUAGAUCAGCUUCCGCAGCUAGUUACGGAUCAGGUUCCGGUAUAGGAGUUAAUGGUGGUGGUCUUGCUCAAUAUUAA